AUGUAUGGGUCAACCCGUAUCCCUAAUUCUCCAAUUUUCUAUCUCCGCCCCUGGCUCCGCGAUAAGCCUGUCCCCCUAGCAUCUUCUAGCCUCCUAGUCCCAAACACCACCAAGGCCUCGCCUUCGGGAAGGCCGCUUCGGCGACGCAUCGCGCCGCACGGCGAAAACAUUGGUGGUGUGGCCAAGACGACACGGUUGGAGAUCCAGUCACCCACACUGCGCGCCGCCUUCGCGGCCCUCGCGGGGGACUAUGUCAACAUCAACUUGCACAAGAACCCCAUCAUCAUUCCCGAGCCCUAUGUCGAGCUGUACCACUGCCAGAACCGCAUUCGGGCACUGGUGGCCUUGGAUUCCGAUAUCGUUGACGAUAAAUUGCGUGGAGAGCUGAAGCUGUUGCAGACGUUCCAAACCGACUACCUGACGCGUACCCUCGACGGCCUGCAAGCCCAUGAACCGAACGGGCUAAUCACAUUUGAGCUCCUCCGCGUGAUAUUUAUUCCGGGAUCGCUGAUUAUCCUUCCGCAUCGUCGUUUGUACUGUACCCAGUCGAGGUGUACUGGGCGGCUGUAG